AGCAAAAUGAGCAAAAAUCCCACUAAAGCAGAACUCAAGGCAGAGAUUAGCAAAAUACUGAAAGAUGCGAAUCUGGAAGAAACUGCGGCCAAAAAGGUGCGUCUGCAGCUGGAGCAAAACUUGAAGUGUGAUCUCUCAAACCGCAAGAAGGAGGUCGAUGAUCUGGUAAUGGAGUACGUAAAUUCACAAGCAUCUUCCGACGAGGAGGAAGAAGAAGAUGACGAGGAUGACGAUGAUUAUGCAGGUAACGGAAAGGGCAAGUCCGCCCGUAAGGCUAAGGAUAAUAGUGACUACGAAGAAGAGGAGGAGGAGAAGGAAGAUUUCUCCGAGGAGGAAAAACCGAAGGGACGCAAAAGUGGAACCAAGCGUACGACACCUGCCAAACGUGGACCAGCUAAGAAGAAGAAACGCACCUCCGACAGUGAGGAUGAGUCGGGAGAUGAUGACGAUGAGGAUCAGGGAAGCGAUGACGAUUACAAGCCGCAAGGAGUCGCCAAGGGUGGUAAGGCGGGUAAGAAGAAGAAGAACGAUUCUGAUUCCGAUUCAGACGGUGACUGGAAACGUUCGAAACCGGCGGCCAAAGGUAAGAAGGCAGCUGGUGGCGGUGGAGCCAAGAAAUCGAGUGGCUACACCCGACCGUACACACUGUCAGCGGAUCUGGCAGCAAUUUGUGGUGCGGAAUCGUUGCCUCGGCAUGAGGUAGUGAAGAAAAUUUGGGCCAUCAUUAAGGAGCGCAAUCUGUACGAUCCGAAGAACAGACAGUAUGCCAUCUGCGAUGACGAUCUGCACAAGGUGAUUGGCGUGAAGCGAUUCCGUACGUUCGGAAUGCUCAAGUAUCUUAAGCCUCAUUUUAAAGAUUAGGUGUUCGGGACGAUC